AUGUCUUCUUACCAAAUCCCUCCUGCCGAGUAUAUAUCCCUCUUGAACAAUGCAACAGCAAUUGUGAGGGAAAAACUUAAGCCUUUUGUGGAGAGCGAAAUUGACAAGCCGCGAGUGCUCGUGAUAUGUGGUUCUGGUCUAGGAGGAAUCGCAAAAGUGUUGCACAAGGAACCACGCUUGGAGCUCCCCUAUGAGUCCAUUCCAGGAUUUCGAACUUCGACUGUUCCAGGCCAUGAAGGAAAACUUAUUUUUGGUUUAAUUGGGGCCAGAAAAGUUCCAGUUGUUUGCAUGGUUGGCAGAUUGCAUUUUUACGAGGGUUACAGCUUUCAGGAAACCACAUUCCCAAUAAGAUUAUGCAAAUUGUUGGGAGUGAAGACUGUUGUGGUGACAAAUGCGGCAGGUGGUAUACGUGAAGGGUUUAGACCCGGGGAUUUGAUGAUUAUUAAUGAUCACAUAAACUUUCCUGGUCUUGCUGGUUUUCAUCCCUUGAGAGGCCCCAACUUAGAUGAGUUUGGCCCUCGUUUCCAACCAUUAUCUGAUGCGUACAACCACAACUUGAGAAAAUUGUUCUUUAGCAAGGCAAAGGCUUUGGGCGUGACUCGCCGCAUUGAAGAGGGAACAUACUUCUUUGCUGCGGGCCCUACAUUUGAGUCUAGGGCUGAGGUAAGAAUGAUCAGAACUUUAGGUGGCGAUGCUGUCGGAAUGUCGACUGUUCCUGAGGUGAUAGUUGCAAGACAUUGUGACAUGGAUGUAUUGGCAUUAUCAUUGAUUACAAAUGAGGGGAUGGGAGAGGCUCCACCUAGUGCUUUCGACAAGGAACCCAAGCCGUUAGACGAAGGUAUGGCGUCACACGAUGAAGUUUUGCAAAGUGCCAAAGAGGCAUCCCAAGAUGUGGAGCGCAUAAUUGAAGCUACUAUUGGAGAAUUAUAG